AUGUUUCAGAUUAAAAAUUGUCUUGAUUAACUUUUUACAAUUUAAAACUAAUUCAGCUACUUUGAUACAUCUACACAAGUGGCUAAUUUUUCCUAUCUCAGCCCUACAAAUUAACUUUUUAUUAGUCUCAAUAUAACCAAACACUAUGACUAGUUCAUUGGUUCAAGAUAUGUUCAAGUUACAGCAUCUUAUCAAGGAGAAUUCCAAAGAAAUACCACCUUUAUGACUAAUUUUAUUCCUCCGAAUUAUAGAGUAAAAUAAGUAGAUUAACCUGAUCAUGACUUCAAAAAUUGUAGUUAGAAAAUUUAUCCUCUUUUUUGGGGAGAAUCAUAUAACUUAAAAAUUUGGUAAUCUUCUCUAGAUUAAUAUGGGAAUAUUUUAAUGGCAGGAAGCUCAAAUACUCUACCAUUUUCUGAUAUAAAUAUUGGAAAUAAAUAAUUGUAUCAAGGAUUUGUUGCUCUUUUCGAUCAAAGAGGUUAGCCAUUCUGGAUAUAUUAAGCAAGAUAAAUUUCUACAGCCACUACUAAUUAAACAUGUUUAAGUGUGUCUUAAUUCGAGACAUUUGUAUAUGCAUUAUGCACUCUUAAAGAAAAUGAUUAUGUAAAUAAAAGAUCAAGAGUAUUGGUUUUAUUGAAAUUCAACCAUUAAAAUGGAAUUCUUAAAUAUGCUAGAAAUCUACCUAAUAAUACUGAUUAAUAAGGGGACUUCGUUUAUGGCUUAUAAAAUGGAAUGGCCUUAGGCUUAUUUAGAUAUGUUAAUCAAACUACUAAAUUGAUAAAUCAAGCUGCUCUUGUUUAUGAUGAUUCUAUUGAUACUACUUCAUGGUAUAAACUUUAUAAUACAUCAUUUUAAGAUUCUACUUUUCUCGAACCAACACCGAGGACUUACCUUGUAAAUAGAGAGACUGGAUUUUUCUAUAUAUUUGAGUCAGUUCCUAAUAAAUUCUUUUAAACCUAUAAAAAUAAUUUAAUUAAUGGCUAAAUUGAAUUAAUCACAAGAUGUACCUAAGUUUAAAAUGUCGCAAUGGGGUUCUUUUAUGCUGCAUUUUUAGGUGAUUAUUAGAUAGUUUAAGGAUCAAUAGACAUGCUAUCAAAUUUAAAUCGAGCAGUUUUAUAAAUUAUACAGCAGAGUGAUUUGAGUUUGGUUAAGCAAUUAAAGUUGUCAUUUGGAAAAAUGUUUAAACUCUCAAGUAUUGCAAUCACUGUAACUGAUGAAAAUAUAUUUGUUGUGUUUUCUUUUAAAUCAAUCGUGAUUGCCAAGUUUGACAAAGAUUUAUAGCUCAUAAAGUAUGUAUACUUUGAAAAGACUUUUACUUCUGCAAGCAUCUUGAAUAUCAAAUUUUAUGGGGAUGAAUUACUUUACUUUUUUAAUACUCAAACAAUUCCCUCAAAUAGUUCAGGAAAAUCUAUAGAUUUAAAUUCAACUGAUAUAAAUUGGAAAAUCGAAGCAGAUUAUUCAAUAACUACUCCUAAUUUAAUGAUUUCAAAUUUUAGCCCAGGAUUAAAUGGAAAUGUCACACUCGGAUUUAUGUAAUUUUCAACAAACCUUAAUUGGACAUCCUAAAGUUUUUCUUCAAACUUAGUCAAAAGAAAUGAUAAUGGAUUAUCAAUGAUAAGAUUUAGGUAAUUUGAUGGUACUUAUCACAGCCCUUCCCCUAUUUAAUAAUCAGCAAUUGAAACUGAGUAUAGUUAUGAAUUUAAACGUAACAGUGGGAUACCAAUCACGCUGAAAGUUAUAUGCAGCAUUAAUAAUAAUGAGAAUUUCUACUUUACUCAACUUUCAUAUAAUUCUACUUUAAACAAAAUUUCCGUGAAUACUAACAUGUUUGCAACACCUGUCGCUGUUCAUGUAAAAGAAGAUGAAAAUAUAUUAAUAGGUGGUUACAUUUACACUUCCGUUGGCUAAGCUGCUAAUCAAGCUACUAUAUAUAGAUUUUCAUAAAGUAGCAGAUUAGAAUGGUAAUCUUACAUCUCUAAUGCAUAUUAUUUGUCUGAAAUAUAAUCAUUAGUGAUGUAGAAUGAUUCAAUUUAUGCAACUUUUGUAAAUAACAUAAGCUUAAGUGCCCAAUAAUAAGCUUUAGUCAAGCUAACUUAUAGUGAAGUCUUUUAGUUGCUUUACGACAAUUAAUUAAGCUUGAACAUAUCUUUUAAUCAUUUCCUAUAAGAUCAAUCAAGUACAAAUGCAGAUGCUUUAAACACACCUGGUACUAUUUGCUUCGAUUUAGAUGGCAACUUUGUCUAUUAUACAGGAUUUCUCAAGAAUAAAUCCAGUACUUUAAAUCCAAGCCCAUUAAGUGGAUUUAUUAGUAAAUUCAGCAAAAAUUUAAUAACUGGUGUGGGAAUGUAAUCGCAAAUUUAAUUAUUAAAGAUGACUACAGAUGUUAUUGGUAUUAUAGACAAACUAUGGUUUUUAAGUUCAACUUUAAUUGGUAUGAAAAUUCUAAAUACUCAAGUGUAUUUUCCAAGCCCAUCUAUAAACUCAGGAAAUGCUCCUGGAUCAUUCAAAUAUUUGGUGUCGGAUACUGCAAAUGUACCAUGUUCAGAAGUAAAUUUUCCGGAAUUCAUGAUGAAAUAAGGCUAAAUUGGAAAAUAUGAAAUUGACGCCCUCUAAGUAAAACAUUGUCAAGGGACAUGGAUUGUUACUGUAUUAUCAACAAAUGAUAAAAAUAAUGUACUACCUCUCCCCAUAUAUGUAUGGCCAGCUUCCUUUGAAGAGGUUCCUAAAUCAGAAUCAAAUGAUACAUGCCAAGGAGUACUUUUUCCAAAAGUUAUUGGAGCAAGCUUGAAUGAUUUUACUCAUUACAACUCAGAUAUGGAUCUAGAUAAUGGAAAUUUUUUGGUUUGUGGAGCAUCUUUAGCCUCAUGGUACGUAAUUAAGGAUUAUCCAGGGUAGUAAUAUGGAGUGAUUUCUUUAUUUGGAAUAACUGGAAAAGCUUAUUGGUCUUAUGGAAAAAUUAAGACAAAUAAUCUGUUUAUACUAUCGCAGUUACAUCCAUUCAAAAUAAUGAAUAUUUGA